CUGUCUUUUCAUUGACAGAAAGUAGAGUUAUUGUCUCGCUGCCCUCAUAUCGUUUUUCUGUUUGAUUUUAAUAACGCAACUGGGUCUUUGCCUUACUUGUAAGGGUUCCUGACUAAGGUAUUCUGGUUACUCUGGGAAACCAAAGGAAGUGGUGUCUGGAGAGAGAAGCUGUCGGUCCAUCACCUUUUGUAUGAUGGCCAACACGAUUGGCGGUGGCACUCUUUCUGCCUUUCUAAGUAACAGCCAAAACCUCCCCAAAGGCAAUUUGUCCCUGAUGCCGUCCAACUACAGCCCAGCAACAAAGAUCACACUAGGAGCAGUUAACGCUAAUGUGACCACCCAAAUGAUCAUCAGCACGCCACAGAGAGUUUCUCACACCGGGAAUAUCCUGAUAGGCAGCCCACUGAUACACGCCCCUACCAUGGUGACACAGGGACGCACGCAGGACGCCAGCGACUGGACCCCAGGGGCCAAGAAACGAACACAUGAUUACAUUGACUCCUAUAUUUCUGACCGGGAUGGGCUGUGCUCGAGUGACUCUUCAGCCAGCAAGCGGCAGAAAAAGGUUGAUAAGAAUGGGAAGGGCCUGAGGCAUUUCUCCAUGAAGGUGUGUGAGAAGGUGCAGAAGAAAGGCACCACAUCUUACAACGAGGUGGCAGACGAACUGGUGGCCGAGUUCACCCACUCCGGCAAUGCCAUGGCCACCGAGUCGCAGGGAUAUGACCAGAAAAACAUCCGCAGGCGUGUGUACGACGCCCUCAACGUGCUCAUGGCAAUGAACAUUAUCUCAAAGGAGAAGAAAGAGAUCCGCUGGAUCGGAUUGCCCACCAACUCAGCCCAGGAGUGUCAAAACCUUGAGGAUGAGAAACAGAAGCGUCUGGAGAGGAUCAGACAAAAGAGAGCUCAGCUUGAAGAACUCAUAGUACAGCAAAUCGCCUUCAAGAACCUGGUGCAGAGAAACAAAGCCAGUGAGGCUUCGUCCCAGGCUCCGCCCCCGCCUGGUUCUGUCAUCCAGCUCCCCUUCAUCAUCCUCAACACAGAUGUUCACACUGUCAUCGACUGCUCCAUCUCCAGCGACAAGUGUGAAUACCUCUUCAACUUCGACAACACCUUUGAGAUCCAUGAUGACGUAGAGAUUCUGAAGCGCAUGGGCAUGUCCCUGGGCCUGGAGAGUGGAAAGUGCACCGCAGACAACCUAGUCUUGGCCAAGUCUCUCGUCCCCAGGUCUCUGGAGACCUACCUCACAGGCAUGGCCAAAGGAACUAGUCAGACAAGCUCUUUCUCAGGUGAUUUGGACUCGGCCUCUUUGAAUGGAAGGCGGAGCUACAGCCACGGUAGCACCGUCCUGCCCGAGUCUCAAGGCCAAACGCCCAGUUCCUUUAACGAGGAAGAGUACGACGAUGAUGAGGACGGACCUUCUUCCCCGGAAACGUUUGACAAUUUUUACAUACUUAUCCAUCUAAGGUCAUUAUUUCGGUUUUCCAAUCCAACGGAAACCAUGUCGACCAAGGAGGAGACAGCCCCAGCAGACGUAGAGAAACCACAGACGUCCUCCUGGAAAGAUUCUAUCUACAACCCACGAACAGGGGAGUUUAUCGGUAGAACUGCUAAAAGCUGGGCUCUGAUAUUGCUUUUCUACCUGGUCUUCUACGGCUUCCUGGCGGGAAUGUUCACACUCACCAUGUGGGUCAUGCUGCAGACACUGGAUGACAACAUUCCUACGUACCGCGACCGAGUGGCUAGUCCAGGUUUGGUGAUCAGGCCUCUGUCCUUGGACAUCGUCUUCAAUCGAACUGACCCUCUGAAGUAUAGCCAGUACGUCCAGCAUCUGGAUCAUUUCCUUCAGCAAUACAACGACACUGUGCAGGAGAAGAACGAUCUGUGCAUGGUGGGAGAAUACACAGAGCAGGACGAUGUGGAGGAGAAGAAGGUGUGUCAGUUCAAGCGAAGUAUUCUGCGGCAGUGCUCUGGCCUAUCCGACACCAGCUUUGGCUACCGGGACGGCCAGCCUUGUGUCCUCCUCAAGAUGAACAGGAUCAUUGGACUUAAACCCCGUGGGGACCCCUACAUAAACUGCACAGCCAAGGGGAGAGAGAGCCCCUUGCUGAUGAAUUACUUCCCAGCUGAGGGGCGAUUCGAUAAGAUGUACUUCCCUUAUUAUGGGAAAAACCUGCAUCCGACAUACGUUCAGCCUCUGGUCGCGGUCAAGCUCCUGCUAAACAAAGAGGACUACAACAACGAGGUGACCGUGGAGUGUAAGAUCGAGGGCUCCGACCUGCGGAACAGCGACGACCGCGACAAGUUCCUGGGACGUGUGACGUUCAGGGUCAACGUGAUGGAGUAGUGCUUCAGGAAAUCCACCAAAACAGCGCAAUGGCGAUUCAGCGUGUAAUCAAUGCCCCCCCCCACCCUCCGACAUUGAACCGUCCCCCCUUCACUUUCACCUCCCCCCCGACCAACCCCUCGUCCCCCGUCCCCGUCCCCCCUCCACAACCAGGACUAGGCCCUGUUCCCUUGGCGACUGGAGAGGUGAAUCAGGGGAAGCUACGGUAGCAUGGUGGUGUGCUUCUUAUAUUUGUUUUAAAAUCCCGUUCCUAUCCCUGUCAGUGACUCCUCCCACUCCCCCAUCCCCGCCUGCCUAUUGGCCCUUUACACCAUUAGAUAUACAAUAAACUACCAACAUGUUCUGCCCUUGAAACAGACAUCCGAGACACCUGUCACCCCCUGCCUCCAGUGACGUCAGUGGUGAUGUAGCGACAUCGUGCCAGAGUAGGGACCUGUAUAUAGUUGUAUUUGGAGCAUCGAGUUGAUGUGGUAUUUGUCCUGUAGUGCUGUGAAGUCUGCUGUCUGUGACGUGAUGUUUCUCUAUGUACAUACUUGAUGGAUAUAAACACUGUUUCUGUCUUUAUCUCACUGUCUGAAAGAUGUAAGAAAUCAAACUAAGAAAUAGAUAAAUAGCUGUAAUUUAAGAUUAUUGAUUAAAAGAGUACAUUAAGGAUAAAAAUGCCCAAAAAAAAAUAUAUCUGCUUAUACUUCAACUGACCUGUCCAACAUCUAAGGGAAGUGAUUUUUACAAUCCUGCAGGACCUGUGCUUUGUACAGAUGCCUUAAAGUCUGUAUGAGAACACAUUUGAAAUAAAGACGAUUUUAAAGAAA